AACAAUAUUUUUUCAGUUCUCCCAGCUUGUCGUGAAAAGGUUGCUGAUGUAAUGUUCAUCUUGGACUCCUCAAGCAGUAUUUACGUUGAAGAUCAUUACAGACACAGAAACUUUGUGCAAAAUAUAGUCAGACAGUUCAACGUAGACAGCCGGUACACUAGAGUUGGGGCUUUGACAUUCAGU